AGCACAGCUGUUCCCUCCUGUGCUCAGGCCUGCUUCUCGAGUGCUGCUCCUAUCAUCUCUUGCGACGUGACCGACUACGCAUGCCAGUGCCAGCCAGCAGCCCAGGCCAGCUUGACCAAGCUUCUCGUUCCUUGCGUUGCGACAGCUUGUCCUGCAGCCUCUCUGCAAGCUGUCAUCACCGGAGCUUCUUCCGUGUGUGCUUGUGCC